AUGCAUAGCAACGAAAAGAUAAAUAUUGUGAUCGCAGGUAGCGGUGUGAUCGGAUUAAGUGUCUGCUACCAAUUAUUACUAUCAGCAGCAAAAAACCUACCUUUGAAAAUAACUAUUAUAGCUAAACAUUUCCCUCAUGAUCCGUUAAGCCAUGAGUAUACUAGUCCAUGGGCCGGUGCUCACUUCAGACCAUUCCCACAUAAACCAGAAACAUUUGGGUCAGAUAAAAGAGAAUCUCUAUACACCAGAGGUACUUUAAAAUUUUUCCAUGAAUUAAUUGAUAAACAAAAUCGCAAAGAUUCUACAAUAGAAUUUAUGAAAGGUAUUGACUAUCUGGAAUCCCCAACCAAAGAGUAUAUUAACUCAAGUGCUGGUUAUAAUAGCAAAACUCUAGCUAAAUUUAAGCCUAUAAAAGGCAGCUGUUUACCAAAAAAUGCCACUUUGGGAUAUGAAUAUGAAACUUGGUGUCUAAAUGCACCAAAGUAUUUAUUGUUUUUAGUCAAAGAAAUUAAUCGUUUGAGUUCUGAGCUAAAUAUUCCAAUUGUUUGGGAAAGGAAAGCUCUUACAAAAUUGAGCGAUAUUAAAGCGUUAUAUGUUACAAACGUGGAUUUGAUUUUCAACUGUACCGGUUUAGGAUUACAAUGGAAUGGUGGUAUUGAUGUUAAUUGUUAUAAAAUAAGAGGUCAAACAUUAUUAAUCAGUGUUCCCAAGGAUAGGAAAAUUCCAUAUGACGAUUGUACCAUAACAUAUCAAGCAAAAGAUGGUAAGUGGACUUUCGUUAUUAAAAGACCGAACAACGAUGAUCCAAUGGAUAGACAAUUUAUUUUGGGUGGCACUAAGCAACCGUGCGAUUGCCAAACUAUUCCUAGAGCACAGGACUCAGAAGAAUUGUUGGCAAGAGGCAAGAUCCUGUAUCCUGAAUUAUUUGAUCCUUCUAGUGGAAAAGCAAACAUUAAAAACGUGAAUGUUGGAUUCAGACCAGCCAGAAUCGGCGGUAGUAGAGUCGAUUUAGAGUACUUCAAUAAAAUAGGUGUAAUUAAUGUAUAUGGAUUUGGUGGAAUGGGCUAUGAAGCCUCUAUUGGAGCUGCUCAACAUGCCUUGUGUCUAUACAACCAAUUUUUGAGACAAAAUAAAUUAUGA